GCAGGCGCGCGGGCGGGAAGAUGGCGGCCGGGUUCAAAACCGUGGAACCGCUGGAGUAUUACAGGAGAUUUUUGAAAGAGAACUGCCGUCCUGAUGGAAGAGAACUUGGUGAAUUCAGAACCACAACUGUUAACAUAGGUUCAAUUAGUACGGCAGAUGGUUCCGCUCUAGUGAAGCUGGGAAAUACUGCUGUAAUUUGUGGAGUCAAAGCGGAGUUCGCAGCACCCCCGCCAGACGCCCCUGACAAAGGGUAUGUUGUUCCCAACGUGGACCUCCCACCGCUGUGCUCGUCCAGGUUCCGGUCGGGACCCCCUGGAGAAGAGGCCCAGGUGGCCAGCCAGUUCAUUGCAGAUGUCAUUGAGAAUUCACAGAUAAUUCAGAAAGAAGACUUAUGCAUUUCUUCAGGAAAGCUCGCGUGGGUCCUGUACUGCGAUCUCAUCUGCCUCGACUACGACGGGAACAUUCUGGAUGCCUGCACAUUUGCUCUGCUGGCAGCUUUAAAGAAUGUACAGUUGCCGGAAGUUACUAUAAAUGAAGAGACUGCUUUAGCAGAAGUUAAUUUAAAGAAGAAAAGUUAUUUGAAUAUCAGAACUCAUCCAGUUGCUACCUCCUUUGCAGUAUUUGACGACACUCUGCUCAUAGUUGACCCUACUGGAGAAGAAGAACAUCUGGCCACCGGAACCCUAACAGUAGUCAUGGACGAGGAUGGCAAGCUAUGCUGUCUUCACAAACCAGGUGGAAGUGGGCUGACUGGUGCUAAACUCCAGGACUGCAUGAGCCGAGCAGCUCUAAGGCACAGAGAAGUAAAAAAACUGACGGAUGAAGUAAUGAAGAGUAUGAACCCCAAAUAAACAACCACAUUUUCAAAACAUUUGUAAAAACUAUAUUUGUUACACUGUGCACAAACCUUUUAUACUAAAUAAAUACUGAACUACAUCCUUCUGAAA